AUGAAUGGAUUUACUUUGACUCCAAGCGUACCAAUACGGAUAAAAGAUAACCCAAUUCAACUGGAUUCCCUACACAUGGGCCAUGAAGUUGUAUUAGUCAAAAAUGGCCAACGAGCAUGUGGGUCCGGGUGCACUCUAGGUAGUGCACCAUUGGUACAGAAUAAGGCCUACUUUGAAGUGAAAUUGCAGCAGGGUGGAGUGUGGGCUGUAGGCCUUGCUACCAGGGACACAGAUCUAAACAGAGUUCAUGGUGGAAUGGAUAAAGAGUCAUGGUGUCUUAACAGUGACGGUACUGUGCGACAUGACAGUGUGGAACUCUAUCAUUUAAGGCCUGCCUCAAGUGAAUCUCCAACUACUGAACUUUUAGUGACUACGGAAUCACCACACCGCAAUGAAAGUGAACAGCCAGAAAGUGAAAAAGGGACAGAGAGUAUAGUUGCAGCUAUGCCAGUAGAGGGAGAUAUAAUAGGAAUUGCAUUUGACCAUGUAGAGAUGAAUUUCUUCCUAAAUGGCAAGAAUAUGGAGAUACCAAUUAGGAAUAUUAAAGGAACUGUGUAUCCUGCACUUUAUGUUGAUGAUGGUGCAAUAUUGGAUAUCAUUCUUGAUAACUUCCGAUAUCCACCACCUAGCGGUUAUGAGAAGAUAAUGGUUGAACAAUCCCUACUG